AUGCCAGGAACUGCUGGAUUACUACGAAAUGAUUCAAAAAUAGCUUGGAACAAAAUCAACCCCGAGGGUAACGACGUGUCUGGGGAAGACGCGUCCAAGAUGUCUGCAAUCAGGCAACUAUGGAAUGGUUUCGUGGAAAAUGCAACUCUUCAUGGUUUAUCUCAUGUGGUUACCGGUAAAUCGAGGAUUCGUCGCAUUCUCUGGGCUGUGUUUCUUUUGACGGCAAUUGCGUUUUUUUCAUAUCAGUCCAUCAGCAUGUUAAAGAAGUAUUUCAGCUUCCCAAACACCACAAAAGUCAGUUUGAAAUACGAUUCGAUGCCGGAUUUCCCAGCCGUGACUAUUUGCAACUUCAACAAGUACAGAAGUUCUGUUGUUAAAAAUUUGACUUCGUUAGGACUGGGUGGAGCUACAUAUGAAAAUGUAGACUUCAGCACACUAACCAACUUAACACAAUUUUUAUUCGAUGCGGGACAUCAAAUCAAUGAUACUAUGCAUUCUUGUCGGUGGAACGGUAAACAGACCUGCGAUUACAGGAAUUUCACUCCAGUUUUGACCUCUAUGGGGCUUUGCCACACAUUUAAUUCAGGGAAGGAUGGUCAAAGUGUUUUGAAGGUCAAUGAGGCAGGAGCAGACUCUGGACUUUCUUUGAUACUAAACGUACAACAAUAUGAAUAUUUUGGAAUUCAAGCAAUCAGUGCCGGCCUCAAGAUACGUGUUCAUCGUCAGAAUACUCUGCCUAUAGUUGGUCGGCUUGGAUUUUCUGUUGGUCCUGGCACAAGUGUAUUUGCAGGGAUACGAAAAAAGAGGGUUAUAAAUCUCCCAAAACCGUACGAAAGCAACUGCUACGAUGGAAAGAUGGAUGCCAUAACUGAUCACACGACGUACACAAUUUCAUCAUGUUUGUCGCUCUGUGAGAAUCAGCUGGAACUGCGCGUGUAUUUUCAAGAACUUAAUUACCAAGUCAUCGAGGAAAUACCUGCUUAUAAUUAUGAAAGUCUGUUAGGUGAAAUCGGCGGUCAAGUUGGUCUCUGUGUUGGAGCCAGUCUCUUGACCGUACUUGAAUUCUUUGACGUCAUAAUUGCUAUCGUCGGGAUACGGCUGGGAUUUAGAUAAAAUCACACACUGAACGAUAUAAUAGCGUACAGCAGGAGCCCAUUGCUGCUUACAGUGAGGCCUUAAACUAAUGUAAAAAAUUGAAACAAAUCUUCAAGCUUUCACCGAUCCAUGCAUCACCAGAUGAUCAGACCUUUGAA